AUCUACAAUCCUUUCUAAAUGAAAGAAAAGUGCUAUUUCCUCAUAUUGGUCUAAUUCAAUUAAAUUUCAUUUAUAUAGUGCUUUUAACAAUAAAGCACUAAGCACAACGCAACUUUACUGAAAUCCAGUUAAAGUUUUAGAUCCCUAAUGAGCAAGCCAAAGGCAACAGCUGCAUAGAAAAACUCCCUGACACAACAUAAGGACAAAACCUUGAGAGGAACCAGACUCAAAAGGGAACCCAUCCUCUUCUGAGUGACACAAUAUAGUGUGAUUAUAAAUCAAUACUCUGCCACAACUUUAUGCCAUAUUGCUAAAGAAUACUGAGUGCACUGAAAAGCUGUUCAUUAUGAGUGUUUUAUGAUUACUAGAGUUUUUUUUCGUUUUGUUUGUUUGUUUGUUUUAAAUCUACAGUACCCAUGUGAAGUUAUUCACUCAUGAAUGGGUGAGAUUUCGGUAUAAACAGUUCUUGGUACGUGCAAUCUAUAGGGUAUCCACACUGGACCAUCCACAGCAAUCUUUGGGUGUCCAUGUGGUGCAAUCCACAGGAAUCUCACAGCAAUCUUUAGAGUAUCAAUGGGGCCAUCCUCAGCAGCAGCAAAAGAUAAAACAUGGACAUUACAAAGGGCAGUCUGGAUGACAUCUCUCGACCAGCUUCAAAUGAACGCUCUUGGCCUGGGAGUCGAGUGUCCAGUGUGAUCCUCUCAGAGGGCCUGAGAAUGAAUCAGGACAAGAUUGGGGCCCUAGAGGUCCUCAGCUCUGAGCUCACCGAAACUCAGAAUCGACAGAACAUAGAGGAGAAUAACUUGGACUGCCCAUCAGAAAACAGGGCCCCUGACCAAGGGAUUCUAUGCUUUACUGAUGAUGAGGUGAAUAAAGAUCCAGAGUUGCAGAAAGCCAUCAUGGAAAUGAAAGAACUGGAUAGAAUACUGGCUACCACAAUCUCCAAAGAAAAAGAAGUCAAAAAGCAAAGCAGAGAGCUCCAUCAGAGACUCUGGAAGGAACUAAAGGAUCACAACCCUGAAAGGAGUUCAGAGUGCACUGAUGAAGCAGAAAAUACCAGGUUGUUCCUAGCACUUACCUCCAGCACCUCCAAGGAUUGCAGUGAAGAGGAUUAUGUACCUUUAUUUGGGACCCAAGUCCCAGAUCAAGAGAAUGACCGAAGCUGCAGACCUGGAAAUAAAGUUUCUGGGUCGGAGGACGGUGAGCAUGGCAAGUCUUCAAACUCUGUUGAAGUAUGUCCUGAAGUCAAGCAGACAGAAAGCAGGCAGAGUGUGAUGGGCAAGACCAAGCAUGGACAAGAUUUCAUAAAGAAAAACAUCGAGCUAGCCAGUAGUGCAAGAAGCUUGGGGCCAAUGACCCAGGAAGAGAAAGAACGAUUAGAGGAGCUCCUCAAGGACAUAGAUGAUGAAGAUACUUAUAUUGAUCCAACUGCCGAACCAGAGACAGACUUUUCCCUGUGCUCUGUUCCCCCAACACUGGAUGAGGAUUACACACCCUAUGCAGCUGAAUUUGACCAACUCUUUCACAUCGAUGCCAAACUGCAGCAGCUUCUUCCUUUUCAGGAAUUUCUGUCUGUGCGAGGCCCCUAUCGUUACCGCUGCUUUUCUCAGGACAAAAAGGCUACAGAACUGGGCGAGAGGGUCCUGCGGGAUAUGAAGGAGUCAAGAGAGCAGGAGGAGUGUCCAGAUGAAAUCCAGCAGCAGCUGCAGCUCCUCACACAGAGACAACACCCAGAUAUGUAUCAGGACCCCUGUCUUCCAAACAGAUCCACUUUCAACUCUUCAGUCCACAGAACAUUCUCCCAAAAGAGUUUGAAUGAAGAGCAGAUGAAGAGCUUGCUGGUGGAAUGUGAGAUGGUCUUGAACAGAAGUUCUGAUUCAGGUACAGAAGGUUUCUCAGUCCCCAAACCCUAUUGUGCUGUAGAAGGUCAGAUAAUGUCUCUGCUGGCCAGCUCACCCCGUCUAUCCAGUUCUGCUCUCUCAGAGUUGCUGCAGGAAACUUGUGAAACUCCAACCAUUCCUGUAAACCAAGAGCUGUGAACACAGCAACAAGAAGCACAGGUGAAGCUGCAGUCCUAAUGAGAAAUGAGAAAGAAGCUAGCAUCAGUGUGGUAAAUAGUAGCAAAAAUAAUAUAGAGGCUGUAGGGCCCAGAAUAUGUUUUUUAUAUAACAGAACGAUACUGUUGUAAUGUGUUUUUAUAAUAUUUCAUAAUACAUGCAAAAUAUUACAAAAUACAUGGCAUUAAUUUUUAUUUAAGUACCUUACAUUGAUAAAGUUCAACUGAACAUCUUCCUCUUAACAUCUUAGGGAGUUUUUCCUUGCCACCGUGGCCUCCGGCUUGCUCAAUUGGGAUAAAUUCGCACAUUUAAAAUCUGUAUACUGUGUUUAUAUGUUUCUGUAAAGCUGCUUUGAGACAAUGUCUAUUGUAAAAAGCACUAUACAAAUAAAAUUGAAUUGGAAAAAAAAAAUAUUACUGAAAAAAGUCAUUUAUUAGUUUGAUUUAUGGGGACAUUCCAGGCAUGUUUGCCCUUAAGUGCUGAAUUCAUUCUGUCUUCUGUUGCUUUCCAUUUUUUAUUUUUUAAUCCUGGGCUAUGUUUUCAUUUAGAGGAGUCCAGUAGUUGGUGUGUAUUGUGUGUGUGCACUGACCUGAAUGUUUAAAAAAAAAAGUGAUCUCAGUGACUUUGACCGUGACAUGGUUUUUAGUGCUUGAAGGGCUGGUUUGAGAUUUCAAUAACAGCUGAUCUCCUGGGGUUUUCACAGGCAACAGUCUCUAGAGUUUACACAGAAUGGUGUGAAAAACAAAAAAAUACCUAGUGAGUGACAGUUAUGUGGGCAGCGACACCUUGUUGGUAAGAGAGGUCAGAUGAGAAUGGCCAGACAGUCAUCGAGUUUAGGGAGAUUUUUGGGCUAAAUAGAAUAUAAAUUGUUGUGCACUGUGGCAAUGUUUGAUGGGAUUAGAGUAUAGCUGUUAAAACAGCAAUAAUCACAAAGUCAAUGUGUUUGAUCCUGAUUUUAGAUCAUAUAUUUAUGAGCACACAUUGAGGAGAAAAAUAAAAUUAUCGUUAUUUUCUUAGCUGCAUGAUUGACACCUUGAAUAGAAUCAUUUUUGGUCACUCCAUUGGCUAAAACUCAGACAACAGUU